GAUGCUACAGGCCCCAGCGUGGAUGAGGUCAGCCAGGAGGACUGGCAAACGUCGCGAUGGUUGAAGCUUGCGACAUUGCUGAUGGUCUUCAACUCAAGGGCUGCCACGGUGGUAUCGUUGCUGACCAGCCUACUGGUGGGUGUGCUGCGGGUUUGUGACUAUUUGCCAGACGAGCUUUGGACGACCUCCAUACCCUGUCUGGCGUAUUUGGUGGUAUUUUGCUUCUGGCAGCGGAUGCGAAGUGUUUGCAGGCGGCCACUGAUCGUCUUCCUCGACAGGCUUUGCAUCCAUCAGCAGGAUCAGGAAUUGAAGCAGAAAGGAAUCCUCGGACUGGGGGCCUUUGUGGUUCGCUCUAAAAGGCUUGUCGCCUUAUGGUCUCCGCGCUACUUCAGCAGACUUUGGUGA